AUGGCCAUACCCAAUGCCUUUCAGCCGCCUCCCCCUCCAUUACCACCGCCGAGAUUCGUGCCACAAUUGCAACACAUCCACAUCCCCGAUCCUCACCGCGUCACCGACUUCGGGAGCGACGGUUCGCCGUCCGUCAAGGCCGGCUCGAGUCUUCUAGGGGGAUUCCAAUUCAGUCGCAAUGACCGAUGCGGCUCAAUUAAAGGCCAUGACUUGGACGACAGUCCAUCCACCGCUCCCGGCGCUUCGGAUCGCGACAUGGCCGCCGACAAAAUGAGCGAGAGCGAAGGGAGCUUGCCGAAUCCUGAUCGACCAAGGAUGGCUAGCUACAGCCUACAGAGCGAACAGCAACUUGGUCGGCAAGCCGUCGCCAACUCCUCUCAGAACUACGAUCGACAUUUGCUAUCGAAAAUCGGCAAUCCAAAUACACCCUCGAGAAACGCCGCUCCUCCAUUGUUCGGGUCGAACACCUCUCCGCACAAUGUCUUGGACCUCAAACCUCUCGCCCUCCCAGAACGCCGGCACAGUGCAGUCGAUUCACCCCUCAGUCGGUGGCCAAGCGCGCCGUCAUCGGGAAUAUCGCCGGGCACCACGAGCUUCAGGAGCCCGCUUUCGGAACAUGCGCCGGACGGCAUACUAUCCGGUCGCCACCACAGCUUCUCUGUCGCUCCCGACGCGAUGGACGACGUUCAAUCAUCAGAUUCGAGAUCACACCGCGGUGCGGAUGACCACCACCAUAGCAUCUUCAUGGAUCAGGAUAUGGAGGAUGGCGGAAUGCAAGAUCUCAACCUCCACGAUCGAAGUCCAUCCAGCUCCGAAGAGUCGCAGACGGUUGGAAAAUGCGGUGUGAAACGUCGUGCUGAUGGGCCUCCCGGUGAAAGCAGUCGGGACGACAAAAUACCGAUGAGUGCAAGCGAAUUGUUCUCGAGACGACCCUCGCAGCUGUCGGGACUACGGGCAUCACCCUACUCAAGGAUCCAUGUCGGCUCGGGCUCCAUCUCGUCCGGAACGUCGUCCGUGGGUCAAAGAAUAGGAUCGUACGGAUCUUCAUGGGGACUGUCCGUUGCCAGCAGCGUGACGAGUUACGGCGGCAACGACCAGAAACUAUCUCCCAGCGCGUUGUCACCAUCCGGAGAGGGGGAAUUGGGGGUCGGAUCUCCGUUCUCGAGGAACAAGUCUGCAAACACUAGUCCUCGAGGUUCACUUUCGCAAGGCCAUCAACGACAUCCGUCCGAAAGCGAGGCUCCUCGUAGUCGCAAACAUUCCGCGGAUCAAACCAACGCUCAACGGAGAGACAGCGCCACGAAGAAUCAAGGGCAGUUUAUAUGCGAGUGUUGCCCCAAGAAGCCGAAGAAAUUUGACAGUCAAGAAGAACUACAAGUGCAUGCACUUGAAAAGCAGUAUCAGUGUCAAUACUGCCCUAAUCGAUUCAAAAACAAAAACGAGGCCGAGCGCCACCAGAACUCCCUCCAUCUGCGCCGCCAUUCCUGGUCCUGCGCCGCCCUCGCCGGAGUGCACGCCGCCUUCCACGUCUCAAGCGCGAACCCCUCCGCUGCCGACGUGUGCGGCUACUGCGGCGAGGAGUUCCCUCACCCAAUCAACUGGGACGCACGCCGCGAGCACCUGCACCACGUGCAUAAAUUCGGCGACUGCAACCAGGCGAAGAAGUUUUUCCGGGCGGACCAUUUCCGGCAGCAUCUGAAGCACAGCCACGCGGGGACGAGCGGGAAGUGGACGAACAUGCUGGAGAACUCGUGCAUGAAGGACGAGCCGCCCCCAAUCCCCACGACCAGCGUGAUGAAGGAGCGGAACGCAAGUAUCGCAGGGGGGUCGCCAGGGAGCGUAUCGAUGAACGGGUCAUCGGUGCCAAGCGUCAUCGACGAGGCGAUGGAUGAGUCAUGA